AUGGCUUCACGAACCCUCGAGACGCGCUUCGAGCGCAUGACCGUCCAGGACGAGAAUGAUCACGGGGAGGGCACGAGGCUCUACGCAAAAGGCAAGACCGUUGUUGCCUCAUCGGUGGCAGCACAACAACUCUCCCUCGGGAGCAGUCGGACAAACCUGUUCAAAGUGGCACUUCAGUCGCAGAGCCACAAUGCCGUCGCCGCCGUGACUCUCCCUUCGCAGGCUGCCCAGCGGAAAAUCAACAACCCGGCAUCGCCUACCCGCAAGCCAUUGCCGUCGGCGGGAUCAGCACGCACGUCGGAAGAAGGGCCAGAGGCGGCGGUCGGCAAGGCCUCCUCGCUGGCAGAGCAGCCCGGCCUGCCGAAGCAGUUCCACCUGGGAAUGUUUGAAAUCGGCCGCCCCCUCGGCAAGGGCAAAUUCGGCCGGGUGUACCUUGCCAGGGAGCGCACCACGGGCUUCAUCUGCGCCCUCAAGGUCCUGCACAAGAGUGAGAUCCAGGGCGGCGGCGUCGAGCGCCAAGUUCGUCGCGAGAUUGAAAUCCAGAGUAACCUCCGCCACCCGAAUAUUCUCCAAAUGUUCGGCCACUUCCACGACAGCAAGCGCAUCUUCUUGAUUCUCGAGUUUGCCGGCAAGGGCGAGCUGUAUAAGCACCUGCGGAGGGAGAACCGCUUCCCGGAGUGGAAGUCGGCUCAGUACAUUGCCCAGAUGGCCUCGGCCUUGAGGUACUUGCACCGCAAGCAUGUUAUUCACAGGGAUAUCAAGCCUGAGAACAUCUUGGUGGGCAUCCACGGCGAGAUCAAGAUUUCCGACUUUGGCUGGAGUGUGCACGCUCCUAAUAACAGGCGAAAAACCAUGUGCGGAACGCUGGAUUAUCUACCGCCUGAGAUGAUUAAGCCUGGGUCGUCGGAUAAUUAUUACAAUGAAAAGGUGGACUUGUGGAGUUUGGGGGUUUUGACGUAUGAGUUCCUUGUUGGAGAGGCUCCGUUUGAGGAUACGCCAGUCAUGACCCAGAGAAGGAUUCAAAGGGCGGAUAUGUCGAUUCCGUCGUUUGUGAGCCCGGAGGCUAGUGACCUCAUCAAAAGACUUCUUGUCCUUGACCCCGAGAAGAGAAUCUCUCUUGAGCAAGUCCAGGUCCACCCUUGGAUUGUGAAGCACUGUGUUAAAGGAGAGCGAGCUACCAACCGUGAGAAGGGGCGUUGA